CUUAAACACAACGCAACAACUGUGCUCUCACUAUUUAAUAUUUCUGAUAAAUAAUAUUCGCACCGAUAACAAAAAAUUUAAGUUAAAAAAAUAAUCAUGGCCGAACACACGAUAGAAAACUUACAGGAAGUGCUAAGUGAAUACAUUAAGAAAAGCCAAAGUAUUUCGGACAAGAAAAUUACGAACCUGACGGCUCCUGGAGAAAACUACGGUAGUAUAAUGUUGAAGUUGGACCUUACAUUGAAGGAAGAAAAUGGUACGGAAAAGGAACUACAUGCUGUGGCUAAGAUGAUUCCUGGACAGGAAUUCGCAAGAGAGGCGUUCAAUAUUCAAGUGACUUUCAAGAACGAAAUUGCUAUGUAUAAUGUCAUAGCACCCACACUUCGAGAUUUCCAACGAGAGAACGGUGUUAACAAAGUAAUUGACUGUUUUCCAGAGUUUUACGGUGCUAGGUUGAAUCUGGGAGAACAAAAUGGUACUGUGGAUGAGAAUGCGGUGCUGAUUUUAGAAAAUUUGAACUUCAAAGAGUAUCAAUGCGUAGAUCGCCACGUAGGCUUCGACCUAGAGACGGCCCAGUUAAUACUCAAAGACUUGGCAGCUUUCCAUGCCGUACCACUUGCUCUGAAGCUGAAGAAACCAGAAGUAUUCGAUGAGAAAAUCAGACCGUACUUGGCCCCGUUCCGUCCCCCGCCUAUGCCAUUCGAAAACGAAAUCCAGUCACUGUUCUUAGAGAUCCUUCAAGAUUCAUACAAAUGUAUACCAUGGAUACCAAAAGUUAAAAACAUUUUCAACAACGUAGGUGCAGCACGAGAUGCACCACCAAGGGAACCAUUCGCGACACUAACUCACGGGGACAUGUGGGUAAAUAAUACUAUGAUAAAAUUUCGGAACAAGGUACCUGUUAGCAACAAGUUGGUUGACUUUCAAGUUUGCGACUAUAAAUCACCAGCCACAGACCUGUUCUUCUUUCUCUUCACAAGCGUUCAGUUGUCUGUACUACAGGACGAUUUCGAUAGUUUGAUUGAAUUUUACCACAAACAUUUCAUUUCUCAUUUGGAGAAGUUGAAAUGCGACACUGCUCCUUUUAGUUUACCUAAGUUUUUAGAAGAAAUGAAAGCUGCGACGCCGACUGAAGUUGAACAUUGUUUUGGGAUGACGUUAUUUAUAAUUUUUGGGGAAAAGGAACCUUCCACAGGAUUCGAUCCCUCGAUACCACCCGAUGUGGAAAAAAUGAAGGCAGGCAUCAAUUUGGUUGCGAAGGAGAAGAUACGGUUCUUAAUCCAAACAUGCGGCAGAAGAGGAUGGCUGUAAUGAAGUGUUGUCUAUUUACAGGGUGGUAUUCGACGUUUCCUAAGGUUUAAUUUUCAAGUAAAAUCGAAGUAGGAAAAUUACAUUUUGAUAUCUUGAUACGUUUAGGAGAUACAGAAUUUUUCAUUUCUGGAUCAUUCUUAUGAUCCUCAAGUUUUUUUUUAUAAACCAAACUUAGAUUAUUUAGAAUAAAACACCCCAAUAUAUUUCCCAAUUUUGAAAUCUACAUGAAAUUUAAUUUUUAACGACUUGGUGUUUAAAUAUUUUUUUACGAAAUUGAUACUUUUCUUGAAAUGAAUGUUCCAUAGGUUUUGUUUGAAAGACCUAUUUAAGAAAGCCCCCAAAAAUGUCGAAUGCCCUUUCUGUGCACAACGUGUGUUUUAAUUAAUAGGUAAUUAAAUUUAUAUUACAUCCGUUUUCUCAUUAAAAGGAUAGAUGGA